GAUCAAAUGUGAGAAAUGCUUCUCGUUUUCCGUAUUUCCAUUCCAUCGAUUCUGAGUAUGGCAGGAGUAACCUCAAGAGCAGUCUUCACUAAACCCAAGGUUGAACUUCACUGUCAUCUUGAUGGGGCCAUAAGACUUAAAACUAUUCUGCACUUUGCCAGGAAAAGAAAAAUCCAAAUACCAGCCGAAAAUGAAGAUGAGCUUCACAAACUGAUAACCUGCAGCAAACCAUCAACACUCACUGAGGUCUUGUCAAAGUUCAGUUACUACAUGCCUGUGAUUGCAGGUGACCGAGAGGCUAUUCAACAAAUAGCCUAUGAACUGGCCGAGGAUAAAGCAAAAGAAGGAAUUGUCUACCUUGAAGCGCGAUACAGCCCACACUACCUCGCAAAUUGCAAUGUUCAUCCUAUUCCAUGGGGACAAACUGAAGGUGAUGUAAGCCCAGAUGAAGUUGUUCAUCUUGUUAAUCAGGGCUUUCAGAGAGGGCAAUGUGACUUCGGCAUUAAAGUGAGAUCAAUUCUCUGUUGCAUACGUCACAUGGAAGCAUGGUCUCUUGAAAUUGUUGAGCUUUGUCAGAAGUAUCGAAAUGCUGGUGUUGUGGGAAUUGAUCUAGCAGGAGAUGAACUGAUGGACGCUGAAUCCCAUCCAGGCCAUGUCCAAGCUUAUGAGAUGGCUGUGAAAUGUGGGAUCCAUCGUACAGUUCAUGCUGGGGAAGCUGGACCUGCAUCAGGGGUGCAUGAGGCUCUGGAAAUUUUUAAGUCCGAAAGAGUUGGCCAUGGAUAUGCAAUCAUAAGUGAUCCUGUACUUUAUAAGGAAAUACUAGAGAAGAAAAUCCAUAUCGAGGCAUGUCCCCAGUCAAGUGUUCUCACAGGAGCAUGCGAUCCUGAUUUCACAAAACAUCCAGUUGUCACAUUCAAGAAAGAUAAAGCCAACUUUUCGCUCAAUACAGAUGAUCCAUUGAUUUUUGGUUCAACAAUUUACACUGAUUAUAACAUAGCUGCAGAGCACAUGAACUUUACGGAAGGAGAUUUCAUGGAAAUGAAUCUCAAUGCAGCCACUUCUAGUUUCCUUUGUCCAAAAGAGAAAGAAGACCUUCUUAAUUACCUGAAGGGAAAAUAUGGAAUGGCACAAGAUUUUUGUUACUAAACAAUUAUUAAAUAAUGUGCAGUGUUAAUGAGCACCAAAUAAUUAUUGAAUGCCAACACAAUUUCCACUUAACUUUAACCACAGUUCCCAUUUGUAGCAGAUCUGUUUGUAUGAAUGCAACUUGUCUACUUAUGUGCAUUGGCGAGAGUAAACAAAUAAACAAUUAUAAAUGAAGAAAUGAUAGAACAUACAGAAGAUGAUUCCAAAGUGGUUCCUUGAACUUAGUAGUGAUUAAGUUGUCAUCUGUACAUGGCCAGAAUCUUUCACCUCAACUAUAAUUCAAGUUGGAUCAUACUGAACCCCAAAUUUUCUUAAUCAAAUCUGAGCUAGUAUGUGGCCAGAAAGAAGAGUUCAAAGCUGUGACAGAUAUUCCAGAGGUUAAGGCGAAUGAAAUUUCAUAAGCAGUAAAUUGUGAGGGACAAGCCCUCGUCUGAAAAGAUAAGUGUGGUUUGAGUGGUGCCUUUGUAAUUGCUGUGCAUCACAAUAGAUAUCGCUCACGUUUUAAUCUAAAAGCAGUAUUUAGGUUCAAAAGAGCAGACAUGGGCUGGUGAUGAGAACAUUUUAAUGGUACACCACAAUGUUUACUUGUGUUGCUAAGUAUCAACUUUCAUCAAAGCCCUGUAGAAUUGAUGGCCCAAUUCUUGAUGGUACAUGUAUGCAGAGAUCACAAAGUCACUGGUUAGAUUAGAUUACUUACAUUGAGGAAACAGGCCCUUCAGCCCAACAAGUCCACACCGACCCGCCACCCACCC